UACAGGUCUUUGUGUCCGCAACAAUAUCGAUCUGAGGACAGAGACCGUGGUUUCUCCCAUUGGCUGCUCAUCAGUCAAAGAGAAUUGACGAACCUCGAUGCCUCCAAUUAUCUUCGGACUAUUCAAGUGAUUUCCUCUGCUCUUCGCGAUUCAAUUUUCUCUUGGAUAGAAUUGGGAUAUAGCCAAGAGAGUGAGAAAGAGCGAUUGGAUUGACACGUUGUUUAUUUGAAGGGCUGGAUGACAGACAACAGUAACUUCUAAAGAUUUCUACACCCUGCAACAUGGCCUGCGCAACGCCAAUGGACGAGUGAGUUUUCCUCCUGGAACCAUCGUCUACUUGUUAUGUGAAACAGUAGUCAGCGCUGCUGCCCCAAGUCUUUUCAGAUCACCAGAGUCGGUGGUGUAGCGGUUAAGCGUUUCGCUGGCACACACAAAAGAGUAAAAGGACCUGACCAGUCAGCAUGAGUCUGCCACCUCAGUCCACGUCCCUGGGUAAGGUGGGCUUGUCCAUCUCUGCUAUUGGGCUGCUUAUCUUUAUCGUGGGCUUCGCAUGCCCGUACUGGCUGACCACCACCAUCGAAAUACCUGUGCUAGGUGCUAACCACAUCAACGUAGGAUUGUUCAAGGCGUGCAAUACUUUCACAGGAUGUGAGUCGAGCAAUGAACCCAAAGAUUGGCAGUACGCCACAGCAGGCCUGGAAGUCUUGGGCCUGUGUCUGUCUCUGGCCACUGUGUCUGGCGCCAUCCUCUAUGUCUGUGUCCUCAACACCACCUGGGUGGCCAAACUCAAAUGGUCAUUUAUAGCGACGGGAAUGCUGGCAGGAUCGGCUGUGAUCGGCGGCUGUGUGGUGUUUGUACUUAACAGAGAUAACGUGAGCGACCUCACUGCAGGAAUCGAAUACGACAUCGGCUGGUCCUUUGCCCUGGGCGCUGUGGGAGGGAUACUGCAGAUCCUGUCGGCUGGCUUGUUUAUUGUCGAUUGUUUUGUCUAAGAAGCUUGAACACUGUGUCAAACGGAAUCCCCUGAGAUGAGAUAUUGUUUUCUUUCUUUCUUUCUCCUUUUCUUUCUUUCUUUACUUAUUUAUAUACAUGUAUUUACUUAUUUAUCUUAAGGACAUUCUUGUCAUCUAUUGAGAACUUUUAUGAUUGCUUGUUUAUUGUGAAUAGUUUUGUUUGAUGGGAUCUUGUCCGGAGUAUUUUGUUGUUGUUGGUAAUCUGUCUAACAAGAUCACGUUAAAUGCCUUGUUUAUUGUUGCUUGUUUUGUCCAACGAGAGCCUGCCUUGCUUCAUAUUUAUCGUUGUUGUUUUUUUGUAUAACGAAAUACAAUGCGCUGUCACGGUUAUUGUGCCAAUUGACUCGUCUAACGAGA